GUGCAAAGUGGAAAUGGGGAUCCUAAGGAAAGAGAAGAAAAGCGCAGCCUCUUCUUCCUCAACUUCUCCUUGUGCCAAUCUCAGAGCUGCUUAUCACAACUGCUUCAACAGGUGGUAUUCGGAGAAGUUUGUAAAGGGCCAAUGGGACAAAGAGGAGUGUGUUUCCGAGUGGCAGAAAUACAAAGCUUGCCUUGUGGAACAUUUGGAGGAUAAACAUCUGAGUCGCUUCUUGGAAGCUGAAGGAUCUGCGGAUUCUGCCACUCAAGCUGAUCAGACUGAUCCAAAGGACCGUGAUUCUAGUGGUGUGUCUCAAUAGUUUUUAUUUUUUAUUAUUUUUUUUCAACGAGAUAACAAUAGAAUAAAUUAUUUACUGAUAGGUUUAUCUAUUUUUGUUCGUUGAAAUAGUACAGAAAGUUACAAAAUCAGAACUUUUCUAACAACAUCGGUUUACCCGCAAACUUUCCUUGAAAUUCAUGUCCUGGUUGUAAGCUUAUUUUAUUCUAAUACCUU